CGAGUUGCGAUUGAACUGACCGACGAUCUGCAACGAUCUGGGACGAUUUACGGUACCGGAUAGCUGCGAUUUCCAGCUGCGCUUCCCGAUUAAGCCAAGGUAAAUGGCUAUCUAUCUCAGAAAAGUAUAAAAAUGAUACCCAGAAAUAUUUUACUAAAUGAUUCACUGACUGAAACCCCCUUUUGAUCCUUAUCGCCUCUCAUUUCUUCAAACUUGGAAGAGUUUCUUCUAUCUAUCCAUGGCCUUUGCUUCCACAUCGUCUUUUUGUCCGUGACAUGUAUACAUACUGGUGUUCUCAGAUCCUACAUAGGUUAUUGGCAAGCUAAAACUUCAUUUAUUGUGUCAAAAGAUCUGCUUGUAGAACACCAUGGCAGAUAGCAGGGAAAUUGAUGACCAGGUGGAUUUUGAAGAUGACAACUAUGAAGAGAUGGAUGACGAUGUUGAAGAGCAAUUAGAGGAAGAAGGACCUGAGGGAGGUGAUGAUGAAAAUGGUGAAGAACAGGAGGAUAUUAGUGGAUAUGAUGGAAAGGAGCAGGAGUCUGAAGAAGAUAGAAAUCAGAAUUCUACUGGGCAGGUAGAUGAUGAAGAAAAAUUCCCUGUCUCUGGAGAAGAUAAUAAAGGGAAGCAUGCUGAGCUUCUUGCUCUUCCCCCCCAUGGCUCUGAGAUUUUCAUUGGAGGGCUUCCUAGAGAUGUGGUUGAGGAAGACUUGAGUGAUCUCUGUGAAUCUUUUGGGGAUGUUGUUGAGGUAAGGUUGGUGAAGAAUAGGGACACCAAUGAAAAUAAAGGUUUUGCUUUUGUCGCAUUCAGAACCAAGGAUGUUGCUCAAAAGGCCAUUGAAGAGCUACAUAACAAAGAAUUUAAGGGUAGGACCUUAAGGUGUUCACUUUCUGAAACUAAAUACAGACUAUUUAUUGGCAAUGUGCCCAAGACAUGGACGGAUGACGAUUUCAGAAAAAUUAUUGAAGAGACAGGCCCGGGUUCAGAAGUCAUUGAGCUCAUAAAGGAUCCUCAAAACCCACCACGUAAUCGUGGUUUUGCUUUCGUUGAGUAUUACAACAAUGCCUGUGCGGAUUAUUCAAGGCAGAAACUAGCUAGUGCCAAUUUUAAGCUUGAUGGCAACACCCCAACAGUUACUUGGGCGGAUCCUAAAAGCACACCUGAUCAUUCUGCUUCUGCUCAGGUAAAGGCACUUUAUGUGAAGAAUAUACCGGAGAACACUCCAAUAGAACAGCUAAAGGAACUAUUUCAGCGCCAUGGGGAAGUGACGAAAGUUGUCAUGCCACCUGCAAAAGCAGGUGGUAAACGAGACUUUGGGUUUGUCCAUUUUGCAGAAAGAGCAAGUGCGUUAAAGGCAGUCAAAGAAACCGAAAAGUAUGAAAUAGAUGGUCAGGUUCUGGAAGUGGUACUCGCAAAGCCUCAGAGCGACAGAAAACCUGAUGGGAUUAAUUCUCACUAUUCUGGGCCUCAUCCGAACUACAUUCCUCAUCCCGUCUAUGGUGGCUUCUCAGCUAGCCCAUAUGGAGGCACUAGAUAUGGCGUUAACCCUUCGUUUCAGCAGCCAAUGAUAUAUGGAAGGGGACCUGUGCCAGGAGGUAUGCAGAUGGUUCCAAUGGUUCUGCCUGAUGGUCAAAUAGGAUAUGUUCUGCAACAGCCAGGAGCACAGAUGUCAUCUGUGAGGCCGCCUCGGAGGAAUGAGCGAAGCAGCAGCAAUGGCUCAGGGGGAGCACGAGGAGGUCGGGGAGGUGGUGGUGAUGAUUCCAGUCGUGGACGUUACCGGCCAUACUAAGGGACAAGUGGUGGUGGGACUGUGUGAACUUGUUGUACAUGGAUAUAACCAGAUAGAUUUGCCAUGAGGGACAAGACACCCCCACCCCACCCCAUCCCCAUCCUCAUCCUUUCCUCUUUCUGCCUUGUGCUGAAAGGCAGAAAAAGGCAAAAAAAAAAAGUGAAAUUAGUAGUUUAGAACAAAGUCGGGAGAGCUCUUCUUUUUCUUUUUCUUUUUCUUUUUCUCUGUCUGUGUUCUGUAGUUGAUUGUAGUAGAAAACAUGCUUAUGAGUUGCC